AUGUCAAAGAGAGGAGCAGGGGUGCGUGGGAAGGGGGAGCGACCUGAUGCCAUGGCAACUCUUCAAGCAGCCAAUGAGGAGCUGAGAGCCAAACUGACAGACAUCCAGAUAGAACUACAACAUGAAAAGAACAAGGUCAGCCGUCUGGAGAGGGAGAAGAGUCAGGAGCUGAAGGCGGAGCAUCACCGGGCGACGGUUGCCGUGACAGAGCUAAAGACCAAACUCCAUGAGGAGAAGCAGAAGGAACUGGCUGUUACCAGGGAGACGUUACUACGGCAACAUGAGAUGGAGCUAAUGAGAGUCAUCAAGAUCAAAGAUGGAGAGAUUCAACGUCUGAACGGACUGGUGCUAACACUGAGGGACGGAUCCACAGACAAGGUGAGGAGUGCCCUGCUAGCGGAGGUGGAGGAAGCAAGGAGGAGCUGGGAGGCGGAGCGGUGUCGCCUCCAGCAGGAGGUUCAGGAGCUGCGAGGAGCAAAGAGGAGUGCUGAGGAGGCUCUGACAUCAGCUCAACAGGCCUGCCAGGCCCGAGCAGCCGAACUGCGAUCAGCUCAUCACCAACACCAGGAGGAGCUGAACAAGACCAAGAGAGACUGUGAGAGGGAGAUCCGCCGACUGUCUCAGGAGGACCGGGACACUCGGAGGUUUCAGUUAAAAAUCGCAGAGCUCAGCGCUGUUGUCAGGAAGUUGGAGGAUCGAAACGCUCUGCUGUCUGAGGAACGCAACGAACUGCUGAAGCGUCUCAGGGAGGCAGAGAGUCAGUUUCUUCCUCUUCUUGACAAAAACAAACGUCUGAGCAGGAAGAACGAGGAGCUGGCUCUCGCGGUGCGUCGUCUCGACAACAAGCUUCGCUUCGUCACCCAGGAGAACAUGGAGAUGGUAACUAUGAGGAGACCGAGUUCUUUAAACGACCUGGACCGAAGUCAUUCCACCAGUUACCAUGGUUACAGUCAGGAUGAGAGAGAGAUGGAGUUUCUACGGUUACAAGUUCUGGAGCAACAACACAUCAUCGACGACCUGUCCAAGGCUCUGGAGACGGCUGGUUAUGUAAAGAAUGUUAUAGAGAGAGACAUGUUGCUGAGAUACAGACGUCAGGAAUCAGUGAGGAGGAAACGAACCUUCAGAGCCUGCAGGGUUAGUGUCAUAGAGACGUUCUACGGUUAUGAUGAAGAGGCGUCGGUGGACUCUGACGGAUCAUCCUUGUCGUUCCACACUGACAGAACUCCAGACACUGAACCAGAUGAGGUGUGUGUGCGUGAGGAGUCGGAAUUCCGUUACCGCCAGCUGACUCAGGAGUAUCAGGCGCUGCAGCGAGCGUACGCUCUGCUGACAGAGACGAGCGGAGGACACUACGACCCUGAGAAGGAGAUCAAGGUCAGGGAUGUGAAGUGGGUGGAGGAGAAGCAGGCGUUGUAUCAGAGGAAUCAGGAGCUGGUGGAGAAGGUCAAGCAGAUGGAAGGGGUCGAGCUGAAGCUGGAAAACGACAUUCAGGACGUCAAAGAUCAAAACGAGCUGCUGGAGUUCAGGAUCUUAGAGCUCGAGGAAAGGGAGCGACGCUCACCUGCCAUCAACUUCCAACAACUUCAUUUCCCAGAAGGCCUCAGUCCUCUCCAGAUCUACUGUGAGGCAGAGGGAGUCGCUGACAUUGUGAUCAGUGAACUGAUGAAGAAGUUGGACAUUCUGGGAGAUAACGCCAAUCUGUCCAAUGAGGAGCAGGUGGUGGUGAUCCACGCCCGGACUGUUCUUACUCUGGCUGAAAAGUGGUUGGAGUCCAUUGAAGUGACGAAGUCGGCUCUGCAGCAGAAGAUGUUGGACAUCGAGAGUGAGAAGGAUCUGUUCAGUAAACAGAAGGGUUACCUGGACGAAGAGUUGGACUACAGGAAGCAGUCGAUGGACCAGGCUCAUAAGAGGAUCCUGGAGCUGGAGGCCAUGUUGUUUGAGGCUCUGCAGCACGAGGAGGAGUCCAAAAUGGAGGGAUUAAAGAUGGAGGAGGGUCAUCUGUCUGAAACACUGACGGAGACAGAGAGGGAGGGGCUUAGGAGAGCAAUGGACCAAUGGAAACGAACUUUGAUGUGCGAGCUGAGAGAAAGAGAUGCACAGAUCCUCCGAGAGAGGAUGGAACUGCUGCAGCUCACACAACAGAGGAACAAGGAGCUGGAGGAGUGUAUAGAAGCACAGAAGCGACAGAUCAAAGAGCUGGAAGAAAAGUUUCUAUUUCUGUUUCUAUUCUUCUCGUUGGCCUUUAUUCUCUGGUCCUAACAGCAGCCGUGUCUGCAGGCCUCCAGAGUCCAGCAGCUGAACAGCCAGCAGGCUCGGCUCAGUCCAGAUCAGACCAAACGACAAGAGGAUUCAGAAGGAUUCAGGGUUUUGAAUCAGCAAUGUACUGAGUGAGGCAUGUUGGCUUCACUGCCACAAUGACCUGCCUCUGGCUGCCGUCAGCCAAUCAGAGCAGAGCCCAUCUGUCAGCUGACUCCAGACCUACACCAUCACACCUCACUGACGAAGACAAGGAUGGUUUCCACGACAACUGUUGUGUUUCAGAGUAAAAACCACAACCAGCAACAUGCUAACGAGCUUCCAGUUAGCUACUGUUUACCAGGAAGUUUUGGUUGAGACCCCCGACGUACAGCCGACAAACAUAUUCUGGCCUUGGGAGGCAGCUGGAACAAAGUGGUGCUGGACUUCAUUCACUGUUAGCUAGGCUAGCUCUCCAUACAGUGUUAGCUCAGCUAGCCCUACUUCAUAUAGUGUUAGCUCAGCUAGCUGGACGUCAUACAGUGUUAGCUCAGCUAGCUGGACUUCAUUCAGUGUUAGCUUAGCUAGCUGGAUGUCAUACAGUGUUAGCUCAGCUAGCUCUCCUUCAUACAGUGUUAGCUCAGCUAGCUGGACAUCAUACAGUGUUAGCUCAGCUAGCUGGACAUCAUACAGUGUUAGCUCAGCUAGUUAUCCUUCAUACAGUGUUAGCUCAGCUAG